UGGACACUCAAACACUUAACCAGCUAGCAGCUACUUGUUUUCUUCUGCCUUUUGUCCCUCUUCCUCUCUUUUUUUUCCUUCUAUUUGAUCUUCAAUAUUUUCCCUUUAGGCAAAAAAAGGGCAUUGCUUUGUGUAAGCAAAUUGUCAUUUGUUCUUAUUUUUUUUGCCAUGGCCAUGGGUUCAAACUCCAAGCUUCCUGUAAUGUGGAAUGCUUUGUUGGUUGUUCUAUUAGCUUCCUGGGUUUGUUCAGUUUCUUCUUCUGUUUCAUAUGACAACAGAGCUAUCAUCAUUAAUGGCCAAAGACGGAUCCUUAUUUCUGGAUCCAUUCACUACCCAAGAAGCUCACCUGAGAUGUGGCCAGAUCUUAUAGAGAAAGCUAAAGAAGGAGGGCUAGAUGUUAUUCAGACAUAUGUUUUCUGGAAUGGCCAUGAGCCUGCUCCUGGAAAAUAUUAUUUCGAAGGCAACUAUGAUUUGGUCAAAUUUAUCAAGCUGGCGAAGCAAGCAGGCCUCUAUGUUCAUCUGAGGAUUGGUCCUUAUGUCUGUGCUGAGUGGAACUUUGGGGGUUUUCCUGUUUGGUUGAAGUACAUUCCCGGUAUCAAUUUCAGAACAGACAAUGGACCUUUCAAGGCUCAAAUGCAAAGAUUUACAAAAUUGAUUGUGGAUAUGAUGAAAGCAGAAAGGCUGUUUGAGUCUCAAGGAGGUCCUAUUAUUCUAUCUCAGAUUGAAAAUGAAUAUGGGCCUGUGGAAUACGAACUCGGUGCACCUGCUAAAGCUUACAGUGAUUGGGCAGCUAAAAUGGCUGUGGAUCUAGGCACUGAUGUCCCAUGGAUCAUGUGCAAGCAAGAUGAUGCACCUGAUCCUAUUAUUAACACCUGUAAUGGUUUCUAUUGUGACUACUUUUCGCCUAACAAGGCCUACAAGCCAAAAAUGUGGACUGAAGCCUGGACUGGCUGGUAUACCGAGUUUGGAGGGGCAGUCCCUUAUAGACCUGCUGAAGACAUGGCAUUUUCAGUUGCAAGGUUUAUACAAAAAGGAGGGUCUUUCAUUAAUUACUAUAUGUAUCAUGGAGGAACAAAUUUUGGCCGAACUGCUGGGGGUCCUUUCAUUGCUACAAGCUAUGAUUACGAUGCUCCUCUUGAUGAAUACGGACUUUUGAGGCAACCCAAGUGGGGCCAUUUGAAAGAUUUGCAUAGAGCAAUAAAGCUCUGUGAGCCAGCUUUAGUAUCUGGAGAUCCCACACUGAUGCAACUUGGAACUCGUCAGGAGGCUCAUGUGUUCAAAUAUACAUCCGGAGGUUGUGCCGCCUUCCUUGCAAAUUAUGACCCAAAUUCAUUUGUAAAAGUUGCCUUUAGGGACAUGCACUAUAACCUGCCGCCUUGGUCUGUCAGCAUUCUUCCCGACUGCAAGCAUACCGUGUAUAACACUGCGAGGGUUGGUGCCCAAAUUGCACAGAAGAAAAUGGUUCCCGUUCCGAUGCAUGGAGGGUUCUCUUGGCAAGCAUAUACUGAAGAGUCAGCUUCUGAUGUUGACAGUUCGUUCACCAUGGUUGGGCUGUUGGAGCAGAUAAAUACAACCCGAGACUUGACCGACUAUUUGUGGUAUACAACUGACAUUGAGAUUGACCCCAGUGAAGAAUUCUUCAAGAACGGAAAAUCUCCGGUUCUUACUGUCUUAUCAGCUGGCCAUGCUCUGCAUGUUUUCGUCAACGGUCGACUGUCAGGAAGUUCUUAUGGAAGUCUCGAAUUCCCGAAACUAACACUCAGCCAAGGUGUUAAUUUGAGAGCUGGUAUCAAUAAAAUUUCACUUCUAAGUAUUGCUGUUGGCCUCCCGAACGUGGGUCCACAUUUCGAGACAUGGAAUGCUGGUGUGCUUGGUCCAGUUACAUUGAACGGUCUCAAUGAAGGGAGGAAAGAUCUCUCAUGGCAAAAAUGGACUUACAAGGUUGGCCUCAAGGGAGAAGCAUUGAAUCUUCAUUCGCUAAGUGGUAGUUCGACCGUGGAGUGGACACAAGCGUCGUUAGUGGCACAAAGGCAGCCACUGACAUGGUACAAAACAACUUUCAAUGCUCCAGCUGGAAAUGCUCCGUUGGCUUUAGAUAUGAGAAGUAUGGGAAAAGGUCAGAUUUGGAUAAACGGACAGAGUAUUGGACGCCACUGGCCAGCGUAUAAAGCAACUGGAAAUUGCAGCGUCUGUAAUUAUGCCGGAUAUUACGAUGAGAACAAAUGUAGAACUAAUUGUGGAGAGGCUUCUCAAAGAUGGUAUCAUGUUCCUCGUUCAUGGCUCAACCCUACAGGCAACUUGUUGGUUGUGUUUGAAGAAUGGGGCGGGGACCCAAACGGGAUCUCUUUGGUUUCGAGGGAAACCAACAGUGUUUGUGCUGAUAUCCAUGAGUGGCAACCAACCCUAAUGAAUUAUCAGAUGCAAGCCUCCGGUAAAGUUGACAAAGCCUUAAGGCCAAAAGUUCAUUUAGAGUGCGACGCGGGACAGAAAAUCUCAGCCGUAAAGUUCGCCAGCUUCGGAACUCCGGAAGGGGAAUGUGGAAGCUACAGUCAAGGAAGCUGUCACACUCUCCAUUCUUAUGAUGCUUUUAAUAGGCUCUGCGUCGGGCAAAACUUCUGCUCAGUGACAGUAGCACCCGAAAUGUUCGGAGGAGAUCCAUGUCCUAAUAUCAUGAAGAAACUCUCUGUAGAAGUCAUUUGCAGCUAAUGGAACACAUCACAAGUGCAUGAAUUAAACAGGAUUUGAGUUCACAACCGUUUGUUUCGAUUUUUUGAGGGUGAAGUUGUACAAAUACACAGCACACCUUUAGGUAAAAGCUUGGCAUAGUCGCAAAUUAUUGCAGAUAAAAUCUCUGUAGAUAUGUCAUAUGCGUGUGUAUAUAACUAUAUAUAUAUAUACACUCGUGCAUGAUAUGCAGAAGUAGACACAUGAAAUCAGUCGGUAGAAGCACGUCGAGACAACGGUGUUUACGGAGUCAUGUGCAAAUGUUUUCUUGGUUUAGGAUAUGAACAUGAAAACCACCGGUUUCUAGUGAAGGUAUAUUGCCUUCUGUAAUACAUUUGAACUUCCUGGGAAGCAAAUCUCUCAUUGGCACAUUCCUUUGUUCUUGUAAUAAUUGAUUGAGACAGUGACAAAAACAAGUUAUUUCUGACUGUCA